UUUUUUUUUAUAUAUAUAUUGAUAAUGCCUGUUUUUUACUAUUGGUUUAUAGGACCAGUCAUUUUAUGGUCUCUUUUGACAGUCGGAAUUGUAUUCUGCAUAAUCAAGAGUUCAGUUUAUAGAUCAAAUAUUUCUUAUGCUGCUCUUACGAUUACUCUAUUUGGAUUGGUGUAUGCUAUCAUGAACAUCGUUAGCUCAGAUCAUUAUUAUUACACAGUGCCUGUCGCAAUUGGGUUUGAUUCUCUGCGUGUUUCAUUUGAAUCUUUACCUGGUCUGAUGGCUUAUCUACGCAUGUCUAAGCAAAUAGGCUACAAAACCGGCCGCUUUCUUGUUUAUUUUGGGUUUCUUUAUAUGAUUCCGGUGGUGGCCAUGGGUGUUAUAGUUACGUUUUUUGCUGUAGAAGAAUACCGAUCUCCAGAAAUUUUUGGAUUUGUUCUCCGUGUACAUUGCGGUUUUAUCACUAUAUUUCUAUUGCUUCUUGCAUUGUACUGGAAAAAGCUGCAUGGAAAAGUCAGGAUUACUUUACUUCUGUAUACCUUAGCUUAUGUCAUUUCAGAAAUAUUCUACUUGGUUACAACUUAUAAAGCUAGAAGGUAUUUUCCUGCAGACAUUGUCUCAAUUUUUCUUGUCGAAUUUCCGGUGGUGUUAUCUCUCAUGAUUUCGGUUCUAUAUGGACACCUUUGGACAAUGAAGAGACCCAUGCAAGACGAGAAAGUAGAAAUCAACGAAGAAAACAAGUCUUAAGGCUACCAGGUACAAGGAUUUAAAAAAUAUAAUACACGGGAAAACGUUUUUUUCUUUCGAGGGAUCAACGACAACAAACAGAUACAAAGCAACCCCUUUUGAAUAUACAUGUACAUGUUUCACACUAGAUAUCCUUCGAUAUAAAUACCUUAUUGACAUUACUGUAUAAAUAAACAAGUGCAUAAUUAUUCGAAAAUCAAA